GUAUGACCCGCUGAGGCCUGAGACAGCCGUGCCACCGCCACCGGGGACGCAGAGUCCGCAUCCCCUGAGGACGAGAACCGUGAGCCCGAGUGGACAACUGAAGGGCAGCAGCAGCCAUGGAUGACUUCACCUCUAUCAGCCUGCUGUCACUGGCUAUGUUGGUGGGCUGUUAUGUUUCUGGGAUAAUUCCACUAGCAGUCAAUUUUUCAGAGGAACGUUUAAAGCUGGUGACAGUGCUUGGUGCAGGACUGCUCUGCGGAACUGCUCUUGCAGUCAUCGUACCUGAAGGUGUCCAUGCUCUCUAUGAAGAAGUACUGGAAGCAAAACACCACGAAGUAGGGGAAAGCCAGAAAGUGAAGGAAGCAGAGACUGGGCCUGAAUUAUCAGCUGUACAUGAGCAUGACCAUGACCAUUCUAGACUACAUGCUUACAUCGGAGUCUCCCUGGUACUUGGCUUCGUCUUCAUGCUCCUGGUGGAUCAGAUUGGUAGUUCUCACAUGCACUCGACAGAGGACCCAGAAGCAGCUCGGGCAGCCAGUUCAAAGAUCACCACCACGCUGGGCCUUGUAGUGCAUGCUGCUGCUGAUGGAGUCGCUCUAGGGGCUGCUGCUUCUACAUCCCAGACUAGUGUUCAGCUUAUUGUAUUUGUGGCCAUCAUGCUCCACAAGGCUCCUGCAGCAUUCGGUCUGGUGUCUUUCCUAAUGCAUGCCGGGCUUGAGCGUAACCGCAUCCGGAAGCAUUUACUUGUAUUUGCUCUGGCUGCUCCUGUCAUGUCAAUGCUGACAUAUGUGGGACUAAGCAAGAGCAGCAAGGAGGCGCUCUCAGAGGUCAAUGCCACUGGCAUCGCAAUGCUUUUCUCUGCGGGGACAUUCCUUUAUGUAGCUACGGUCCAUGUACUCCCGGAAGUUGGUGGAAUGGGACAUAACCACAAAGCAGACUCGGGCGCUGCAAAAGGACUGAGCCGCAUAGAGGUGGUGGCCUUAGUUAUGGGCUGUUUAAUACCUCUGGUAUUAUCCAUAGGACAUCAACACUGAAAUGUGGAAAGAAGUCAAAAUCUGUUUGUUCAGAAGCUGAUAACACUGGACAAAAGCAGGAAAAACUUUCAUGAGAAUACCUAUGUCUCCUAAAGAUUAGAUCUUGUGUUGUCGGAAAUGAACUUAACGGAAUUGGAAUAUCCUACUGGGGUGGUUUUAAUAGUCUUACAAUUCAAUGACAGACAGAAUUUCAGCCUGUACAUAUGUUUUCUUUUUUUUUUUUAAUCAUUGGUUUGCUGUUUUAGGAUACAGUGGAUUCAGAUAAUUAGAAUGAUAACAUUUGGGAAAAGGGUAAACCAUUUCUUUUUCUCUUCUGGCUAUACUUGAGGAGCUCUGUUCCCCCCAACAACCAAGUUAGCAUUCCUCUUUGUCUGCUUGAGGUUUCCUGAUGGUACUAAGAGCUGUCUGUCUAUUACAGGAGCACUGUGAGCUUUAUACAGCUGCUAAGUGUAGACUUACCAGCAUGCUUAGUGUUGCUAUCUAUAGCCACUUCCAUGCUACGUUCUGCUGUCACCUAGAAUAUAUGUAUAUAGAUGAUUAUGGCCUAGAGUAACUAAUUGGCUGCAGCACAUCACUGUCUCUAGAUGUACAGAUAUAAAGGUUAUAUUCAUAUGAAAUAAGAACUACUGCAGCAGCUUCAUUUCACUUUGGCAGUGGACUCGCUGAUUAAAAAAAAAAAAAAAAAAUCUCAAGAUUAGCAACGUACCUUGUCGGUAACUAAUAAUAAAAGGUUGGUGUUAUUUCAGUCGGUAUCAUGAAAAAUAAACCUAAACUAAUUAUUUUGUUGGAUUAACUGUAACCUAGUCUUUAGCACGUCUGAUGUAGACUGAUUAUUACAAUUUCUCUAUGUGCCAAUGUUCUCAUGUCUCAUCAGUCUCUGGACCUUAGUAUAAUUACAGUUACUCUGAAGAUCAGUUUUAUGUGCAGAAAAUAAAAUUGAUGCGUCACGAUGUCUCCUAACCGCCAUGUCCCCAGAUAAGUAUCUCCGUUAUGGACUUGUAACUGCAGUGUUUGUGGUUGACAUUGUCUGCCUCACCAAAAUUCAGUAUCCCUUUGCUUGUGAGGAACAAUAUAGUGUUUCCAGGACAGAAAUCAUUUUGCUUAUGUUUAGCUUUUUGGAUGGCAGUUACUUUGCAUUGCAGUUGUGGUCUCCCCAUAAUUUUCAUAUAAUGAUUGUUAUAAUGAUUUGGUUUUCAAACAUUUUCCUUAUGUCUAACAUAUCCUAAUGGGCACCCAGUUACUGUGAUGUGACCUUUGUCCCAAUGACGGGUGUAAGCAGGAAAGGGUAUUGUUUUCUAAUCCCGGCAAAAUUGAAUGCCGUCCACAUUCCAUAUAAGUGUAGCUGCUCAAUUCUCAUUGUUUGAAUAGCUCUUUGGAUGGUCGCUGGGAGCCCAUGAAAUGCAGAUUAGGCUGUGUGAUUGGAGUAAUACAGGAAUGCAGCUCUUUUCCUGAGAAUGUCUAUAGAAGUAAAUGGAUCACACAGUGGAAGCAUCUUCUUUGUGCGCUGAAGUAUUAUGCAGCCUAUCAAGUCUCUGAGGCCUGAGAUACCAGCGGUUUGAUGUCUACGGGGCGUCACUCGCGCACAGUAAAUUGAUUGGCCGAAGAAGUGGCUGCCUCCACCAUGGAUAGUUGACAGGUACACUUUUUAUAACGCCACUGUGUGCCUUAAUCUGGUCAUAGUGGUCUCCAGGCACAAUCCUUUCUCUGCUCUCUAAUAACUAGCCUGUUUUUACUUUUAAUCUCCGAUCUCGAUUGUCAAAACAGCUGUUUCAUAAUUUUAUAUCUGUUUAUCGGUAUAAGAUGUGUCCUGUGAUAUUGUUGUAUUUCUGUCUGCCUGCGUCACGUGUUUCUCCUCAUCAGAAGCAGGACCCAGACUACAAUGCAUGAAGUAAAAGGAGAUAGUGACAUCCUUGAAUGAUCUGUCUGUGUGCAUUGCCAUUCUGGGUUCCAUUGACUUACUAAUGUGCAAUAUUGACUGUCUGUAUCCGCUGCUUGUCACCCGAGCCCUGAGGAUGGAAGUGAACUCUUGUUGUGAGCCGCUAUCCAGAAGGACAAAGGUGCUUUGAAAGCUGUAAAGCUCCCUUGGAUUGGACUCCCAUUUAUGGCUGGCUAUUUCCAGUCAGAAACUCAAUAUUUUAUGUACAUGAAAUCAUUCCAACAUUAACUGCCUUAUUUCUUCUUCUUUCUAUUUUUUUUUUCACUUUAAUUGUGGAAAGUAAAUUGAUUUUUUUUAACUAUACAUUUUAUGUAUGUUAUUUUAAUUGAUUAAAUGUUAAAUCAUCUGAAUAAACACCAUUUAUUUA